AUGUUAACGUGGAAGAAGGAACACUAUAUGGCAACCACAAUUGAUGUACUAGCUUGUCCUUCCCCCGAAAGGGUCAACAUUUUGUUGAUUUUUGCUGUUUGGUUCUGGUAUGCCAUUCUGAGAACUCUUCGCAUAUACAAGGUGGACGUCACUACGAUCGUCCAAGUCAAACCCUCAUACGAUAUGAAGCAAUUGCCUGCACAUACUCAGUUGGAGAGAAACGCAAAACAGUUUGCUAUUUCUUUGUCAAAAUGGGCCAUUCCUUUUCAUGUUUUCAUUUUAUUGGUAUUCGCUCUAUGGAAUACUGACGAUAAAUUAGGAUGGGCAGGUCAUAUAAUUAUACACACGUUACCAUUGUUUCUUUUGGUACUGAUUAUUGCCUCCAUCGUAAGGAAUUGUGAGAUAAUAAGAUACGCUGUGAAAAGAUUACCCCUGAUUGAGCCGGUACCGAAUCAAAUGCGGAACGUUUACAUUUUAUUAUCAGAUUCCUUAACAUCGUUCAAUAGACCCCUGAUUGAUUUUACGUUUUUCACGUCACUAUUAUUCAGUGAACCGCUCACCCAUUUUGAUUUAUUUCUGUCCUCCAUACCGUCCCUUAUCAGAAUAUUCCAAUGUCUAAGAGAAUACAAGUUGGUUGGAGCCCGGUCUCAUUUGGGCAAUGCGUUCAAAUAUUCGUGUAACUUACCCAUAUUGGUUUGUACAUGGUAUUCUAGGGCAAACCCUGAUAUUGUUUUUGCAAAACAGUUUCAAAUGAUACAAAUAUUUUGUCUUCUAUUGAACUCUACCUAUUCCUUUUUUUGGGAUAUCAAAAUGGAUUGGAGUUUGUCUAGCUUUGUGAGAUUACGUCCCAAAAGAAUAGUGUUUGAAAGGUACAUUUAUCAUGUGGCGAUUGCUGUCAAUUUCGUAAUCAGGUACUGGUGGAUCUGGAUUCUUUUCCAAAAAGGUGCAAAAAACUCUGUGCUCUUCGACGAAGAGUUGCAAUAUUUGGAGGUAUUUAGAAGAGCUCAGUGGGUGGUAUUCAAACUCGAAUCAGAAUACGUAAACUCUCCACAAUGGGAUAAAGCGUGA